UUGAAAUCCUUUUGAGAUACAUGGUCCAUCUAUAUCCUUUUCACUUCUUAUCCCCUGUGAGGGUGUCUGAGACAUACUAGUGGCCAUUUCACAAACCCUUCUGGCUUUGGCGGCAUGCUAUAUUUUCUCAGAACGGAUUUAUUUAUCUCAGGGUUUUCGGGGAGUUUUAUGCUGUUUUAGAUCAAAUUUAUAACAAAUUUGUACACCAAAGAUGUCGUCUGCCACAAAUAUUAUUGUUCUGGUGGGGUUGGGACUAGCGGGGAUAUUUUUGGCGGUGCAGAGGAGGAGGAAGACAAUUAAGGAAGAUUUCGGUGCAUUCGUUGAACGGAUUCAGCUGCUUCCGCCGCCUCAGCCUGCCCCUCCUAAAGCCUCGGAUCCUCUUACGGGGCUUGUUUUUGCAAUUAAAGAAUUAUUUGAUGUAGAAGGAUUUGUAACUGGCUUUGGAAAUCCUGACUGGCGGAGAACACAUGAACUGGCUGUUCGAACAGCGCCAGCUGUUUCACUUCUUGUACAAGGGGGAGCCACAUGUGUGGGAAGAAAUGUUAUGGAUGAGAUGGCAUACUGUAUCAAUGGGGAAAAUAAACACUAUGGAACUCCAACAAAUCCAGCUGCACCCUCAAGGAUACCUGGCGGAUCUUCCAGUGGAUCUGCUGUAGCUGUUGCAGCAGAGCUUGUGGACUUUUCUCUUGGUACUGAUACAGGUGGAAGUGUGAGAGUGCCUGCUGCAUUUUGUGGCAUUCUAGGGUUUCGCCCUUCUCAUGGGGCUGUUUCCACUGUGGGUGUUGUGCCGAUGGCUCAGAGUUUUGACACUGUUGGUUGGUUUGCAAGGGAUCCAGAUAUUCUGCGAUGUGUUGGUCAUACACUAUUACAAUUGCCAUUUAUGGAAUACAGAAAACCAAGCCGUGUUAUAAUAGCAGAUGAUUGCUUUCAGCUUACAAAGAUCCCUAGUGGUCGGACUGUGAACAUAGUUAUUCAGUCAACUGAAAAAUUAUUUGGACGACAAGUUCUUAAUCACAUGAGUCUUGGAAAAUAUAUUGCCGAUAAAGUUCCUAGCCUAAAAUAUUUUCAAAGUGAAGAGAGCAAAAAUGUUGAAGGUGGGAUUUCUGCUUUGAAGGCACUGUGGAAUGCACUCCGGCUUCGUCAGAGGUAUGAGUUCAAAAAGAAUCAUGAAGACUGGAUCAAUUUGGUGAAGCCUGAUUUUGGACCUGGCAUAUCUGGUCGUAUACGUGCAGCUCUAGACAUAGACACAGAUGAUGAAAAUAUUGGUCUUUCCUUGAGGGUUAGGGAAGAAGCGCGCGAAGCUCUAAAUUCUCUUUUAAAGGAUGAUGGAAUAUUAGUCAUUCCUACAACCGCAGAUCCUCCUCCUAAGCUCAAUAUGAAGGUGGACUUCUUGGAGGACUUCCAAACGAGAGCUUUGACUCUGUUAUGUAUUGCUGGCAUGUCUGGAUGCUGUCAGGCAAGCAUACCUUUAGGACAGCAUGAUAAGUGUCCUGUGGCUGUGUCAUUCAUAGCAAGGCAUGGGGGAGAUAGGUUCCUUCUUGAUACUGUAAGUGCUGCAUAUUCUACUCUCCAGCAACAAGUAUAGAUUAGUUCAAGUACACAGACAAUGAAUCCAACGAAUGGCAAAAUAGCAGCUAAGGAACAAUACCUUGUUGAAAUGUAUUUCAAGAAAGUACACAAAUCAUAAUUGAAUGGUUGAACAAGACAAACACCUUGCAGCAUCUCCCAGCAUUUGUUUUAAACCCUAUGUAUUAUAGCAGAAUAAUACAAAGACUGGUCAGUAUUUUUAGAAUAAUUUUUCAGAACAGAAUAAUUUUACAAAGACUGGUCAGUAUUUUUAGAAUAAAAUAAACGAUAAGUCAGUCAUAAAUAUAUCUCCUCAAGGUUGUUUAUGUU